AGUGAUCACUCUCGAUAUUAUGUAUUAGGUGAAUUGAUUGCGAGAAUAACGCCAAAAAUACGAGCCGAAUGUGCGAAGAAUGGAGUGACCGUGCCCGGUCUCGUUGAUAUGAUACUGAAGCAUGUCUAUCCGAGUCGAACCAUCAUUCCGGGUCGUUAUUUCCGACCGAUGAUGGUGUUCGCCGAAGAACACAACUUGAAACGGCUACUCCUCAGUCUUGGAGAGAUGGUUUGUUUGGAGCCACCGCUAACUGCCGAGCAAAUGUUGGAGCAUCUGCAAUUGGCCGAUCGUUAUGAUUUGAAAAAUUUACGCCGUGCUUGUCUUCUACGAAUCGAAGGAAGUUUCAAGUCUCGGGCUUCCAAACUGAUGACGUUACCCGAAUACAAAGAGCUCCCCGAGAAAAUACGUGAGGAAAUCGAGGACAGACAUUGCUCUGGAUGGGCAUUGCAAGAUGGACAUCUGGCCGGGCUGCCGACAAAUCAUUUGAUAAGAGAAAUAACGUUGACAGAAGGUGGCCCACAAUCCCAGUCGAACGAUACGGGCGGCUUGANCCGACAAAUCAUUUGA